CUGGCUGGGGAAUCCGAGGAAAAGCGGGAGAAAAACACAAAUGCCGAUCGCCGGUGGAAUUCUGGUCGCUGAAUCGGCGACGACGACGACGACGGCGGCGGCGGCGGUGGCGGCGGCGGCGGUUCCCUGCGUGUUCUCCACCACUGGCAUGCUACGUUUCAUCGACAGGCUUUCAGGGAAGCGGCGGCACGUGCGCCGGAGUUCUGGCCCAGGUGCUGGAGCUCGUGCUGUCGAAGAGACGCAAGGAGGAGGAGCGGCAGCAGCAGCGACAGCAGCAGCGGCAGCAGCAGGAGGAAGAGAGGCUAACGAUAGAGGACACGAGGUGGGAGGAAUAGAAGUCGAGGAGACCAGCUCGCCGGUGGCGAGGAGCAAAUUCUGCUGCGACGACAGCGGUAUCAGCAACAAGCGCCACUAUCACUCCUCGCCGCCUCACCUCCACCACCUUCUUCAUCGCCACAACCGUCGGCAGCCGCGUCGGCGAUAUCACCGUCGAACCGACAUCGACGACGAGGACGACGGUAAUGACGACGACGGCGACGACAAGAAGGCGGACGGAGACGAGGACGGAGACGAGGACGACGAGGACGACGACAGCAGCGACGAGAGCGCGUGCCUCGAGUGCUUCCACUCGCGUCUGCACCGGCGAUUCUACGACCGGCGGUCCAGCAGGUCGAGCGACGUCGACGCUCGGCUCGACGUCGAGCACGUCGAGGUCCGUCGGUCUGAGAGCGUCGCGUCGUCACCGGCGGCGGCGACGACGACGACGACGACGGCGACCACCGUCCAUUCUCUGGCGCGGACCUCGCCCGCCACCACCGCCAGAAGCACCGCCAGCAGCACUACCAUCGCUAACCCCUCAGUCGUCACUGCCAUGGCGAGAGGAUGCAAAAUUCCACCCUACCUCGCGACGAUAUUAAUUCUCUCCUACACUCUCCUCGGUAUCGCAGAUGCCUGCUCGUCGCGCUCGACGCCGAAACCGAGGCCGCCGACACCGACGGAUCGACCGAACAUCACAUUCCACAUGUAUACAUGUCCACCGGAUUACGCAGAGUGGUAUUGCUUGAACGGCGCCACGUGCUUCACCGUUAAAAUUGUCGACUCCCUCCUGUAUAACUGUUUGUGCGCCAAUGGAUAUAUCGGGCAGAGAUGCGAGUUUAAAGAUUUGGAUGGUUCCUAUUUACCUUCGCGGCAGCGAGUAAUGCUGGAGACAGCCAGCAUCGCCGGCGGUGCCACAAUAGCAGUAUUCCUCGUCGUUAUCAUUUGUAUAGCGGCUUAUAUCCAUUGUAAGCGAAAGCAGAAGGAAUUGCGGUCGAGCAGUAGCUGCAUCGACACGGUGGAUGGUCCUGGCCGAGAUCCGGAGCUGAGGCCGUUCAGCAACCGCAGCCGCCCUCUCACGAUCUUCAUGGCGAAGAGCCUCAACAGCUCGGCGACGAUAGAGCAGACGAGAAUGCCUGGAUGGAAUUGUCCAGAGGCGGAAUCGAUGAGGAUGGCGUCUAUCGGCGAGAACAAGCACCCGAGCCAAUAGCGAAGCAUGUCGCCACGCGCCGCCGUCCACGUAUUGCAACGUCCCGCCGCGGCGACUCGCAAUCGGCAACCCGCCGACAGUCGAACACGAGAUCCUCGCUCAGCCGACGUUCUCGAGACGACGAGUCCGAUCAGAUCGUCGAGCAACUGUUGCCGUCACACUCGAAUCGUAGCACGAGGUAGCUCUCGACGUUCCUCGAGAUAGCAGCGCAGCGGCCUUUAGUAGCCUUUAGUAGUAGCAGCCAACUCUUGUUGGAGAUAUCCGAUUAUUCGAUUCGGCGAGUGACUCUCUUAACGCGAUGCUGAGAAAACGAAGCGACAUCGAGUCAGCGAGUGUGUUGUCGAGUAUAUACGUUCAUUUUCAGAGCUGAUCUGUCGAAACAUUCCCGAGAAUUGUCGUACUCGAGUCUCUCUGUCACCCCCUCCCCCCCCCC